CCCAGCCUGUCUCCUCUCUCCCCCUCUGUCUGUCGGGCCGCUCGUCACGUCCGGUAGCCGGAGGAGAAGGCCGAGAGCGAGCAGCCCCCGGGGAAGCAGCCAGACACAAAGAGUCCGCUCUAUGACCCAGGCCCAGGCCGGCCACACGGACAGGACCAUGGAUUUUCCUGGACAUUUUGAGCAGACAUUUCAGCAGUUAAAUUAUCAACGACUUCAAGGGCAACUAUGUGACUGUGUUAUUGUUGUCGGUAGUCGUCAUUUCAAAGCUCAUCGUUCUGUGCUUGCUGCAUGCAGUACUCAUUUUCGAGCACUCUUUACAGUUGCUGAGAGUGACCAGAGCAUGAACAUGAUUCAGUUGGACAGUGAGGUGGUGACAUCUGAGGCCUUUGCAGCACUUAUUGAUAUGAUGUAUACAUCUACACUUAUGCUUGGAGAGAGCAAUGUUAUGGAUGUACUACUUGCGGCAUCUCAUCUGCACUUAAAUUCAGUAGUGAAAGCAUGUAAGCAUUACCUCACCACAAGGACACUGCCCAUAUCUUCUCCCAAUGACAGAGUUCAAGAACAGAGUGCUCGCAUGCAAAGGUCUUUCAUGCUUCAGCAACUGGGAUUAAGUAUUGUAAGCUCUGCCUUGAAUUCAGGUCAGAGUAAUGAGGAGCAAUCGCAGCAGCAGCAGAACUCUAUGAACUCCUCAGUUCGAAAUAGUAUGAUGGAACAGAGGACGACAUUCCCUAUUAGGAGGCUUCACAAAAGAAAGCAGUCAUCUGAGGAAAGGGCAAGGCAACGAAUGAGGACCUCUAUUGAUGAAUGCCUCAUAACGGACAUUACUUCUGAAAGUGUUCAGUCCAUGGCUAAUUCCCGUGAGGGUUAUUUCUCUCCUGAUUCUCUCAAAAUGGGGGACAACUUAAAAUCUGAUUCUGCGCCAGAUAAUCAUGAGGAUACCACAGUCCUAUUUGAUCAGUCCUACAACGGCCAAGAAGAUACGCAAAUACCCAGCCAAUCUGAUAAUAGUGGAGAAAACAUUUCACAGAUCUCAAUGGGAUCCCAGACAAACCCAGAUGAAGCAAGUUAUAGUCAGGAAAAUGCCUGUGAUAAAAAUAUGUAUACAACUGAAACUCAUGAGAUUACUGUAGAUGGAAAAGAUCACAUGCGAGUCAUUGUCAAAUCUGAGCCCAUGAGCUCCCCUGAGCCUCAGGAUGAAGUGAGUGAUGUCACGUCCCAAGCAGAGGGCAGUGAGCCUGUUGAAGUGGAAUGUGGUGCUAGUACAGAGAAAAUUGAACUUAGCCCAGAAAGCAGUGAUCGUAGCUUUUCAGACCCCCAGUCCAGCACUGAUAGAGUAGGAGAUAUCCAUGUGUUAGACAUGACUGCCAAUUUAGAUCACAAGUCUUCUUUCAGUAUUUCUAACUUUCUGAACAAAAGUAGAAAUGGUAGCAUGAGCUUAAGCCAAAAUGAUGAUAACAUUCCUAAUACUACUAGUGACUGCAGGAUGGAUGGGGAAGUGUCCUAUCUGGUAAGCCCAGAGUCAGGACCAAAUAGCCAUUCAUCUAGUGCUAUGUCUCAUAUGGAUAAUCCCUACAGUGAUGGCCCAGAUUCUCAUUUUGCUCGUCCAAUGCAAGAUGUAAUGUCUAUGCCCUGUGUCCAGUCCUCCAGUUAUAGAGGAAAUGACCCUUUUGGAGUGGACUUUCCAAGGUCUGGCCUAGGACUUCACUCUAUGUCUCGAUCUAUUAUGGGAAAUACAAGAGGCAGAGCUUGUAGCUUUCCAAACUAUCGCCGCAUUGCUCCAAAAAUGCCUAUUGUAACUUCUGUAAGGAGUACUCAAUUACAAGAUAACUCUUCUCAACUCCUUAUGAAUGGGGCAAGUUCCUCGUAUGACAACGGACAUUCAUCUCAGCAGGGUCCACCACAACUAACAAGGGCAUCUGCUGAUGUUCUAUCAAAAUGCAAGAAAGCUUUGUCUGAGCAUAAUGUGUUGGUUGUGGAAGGUGCCCGCAAAUACGCCUGUAAAAUAUGCUGCAAGACUUUUCUGACUUUAACAGAUUGUAAAAAGCACAUUCGUGUACAUACAGGUGAAAAGCCCUAUGCCUGUCUGAAAUGUGGAAAAAGGUUUAGUCAGUCUAGCCACCUGUACAAGCAUUCCAAAACAACAUGCCUUAGGUGGCAGAAUAGUAAUAUUCCAACAUUACUGUAAGUUUUACCCACUCUGCAGAAGAAAAAUUCUUAAUCAUUCUUUAAGACUAAUUUACAUUGUGUGUGUGUAUAAGCAGAGGAAAGAGCUGAUAGAUGGAAAUUGUAUUGUGAAUGAGCAACCCAUGAUGUGGAGAGUUGUUUGGUCAAAUCAUGGUCUUAGGAAAGAAAACCUAUUAAUAAAAGAUUUAUCCUCUGUCGGAGGUGUAAGAAAGUACUUUAUGUGAAAUGGUAUCAUACCAUAUUUUCAAGCAUUUGUGUAAUUGUGUAAAAUACUUUUAAUAUGUAAAACACUUUUAAAGCAAAAAAAAUAAUGUAAUUUACUUUUUUUUUUUUGUGGUAAGUGUUGUUCAUGUUCCCAUUCCCCAACUAAAUUAUUUUUAUUUUUCCCCCCAACUGUGGGGGAAAAAAAACUUCAAACCAAUCCAAUACUCUCAAUUGCCAGCAGUCAUAAACUGUAAAACAAGUCUAUGCUGAUGGUCCUUUUUAUUUAUUUUUAAGUCUGUGAUUAUGGGUUAAACCUUAUGGGGUAUUUCACAUUGCCUAUAUGAAAACAUAUAACAAGAAAUUGUGUUCUUUAAAGCAAAACAAAAUUUGUCUGCGUAUAUAACUACAUUUAUCAUGUUUGUAGAAAGAAUCCCCCUCCUGGCUAGUACCUCUAUAAAUGCAGAUCUUUUUUCUCUUUUUUCCAGUCCUAUGAACAUUCAUGUGUAGAAUAAAUUAUAUAUAAUGUA